AUGGAUUGCGCGCGGCUCCUCGUGCCUCUGCUCGUCGUGCUCGGCCACGGAGCUCCGCGCGCAGCGGCUUCGGAUGCUCAGCUCAGCGCCGGCCAGAAGCUGCCCUCCAGCGCCCCCUGGCUUCUGCGCAGGUCCAAGCGCUGCUCCUGUUCUUCCCUGGAAGACAAGGAGUGCGUCUACUUUUGCCACCUGGACAUCAUCUGGAUCAACACGCCAGAGCGGAUUGUGCCGUAUGGACUUGGGGGUCCUUCUCGAACCAAGCGGUCACUGGAAGACUUAACUUUUGCGAAUCUAGAAGAGACUCACGACAGAUGCCAGUGUGCUAACUUAAAAGACAAGAAGUGUAGAAACUUCUGUCAGAAUGGAAAGCAAGAAUGGGCCCAAUCUACAACAGAGAGAGGCUCAAAAUCCCUUCCUAAAGACAGGGAUUGCAAAGGUCUGACCUGCACAUUCCUGCAGCUGGCUAGCAGCAAGAAAGUGAGAAGGUUAGAGGCCAUCGGUAACCAGAUCAAAGCAUCCUUUAAUGCCGCCAAACUGAAGAGCCGGCUGCACAAACGAAAACAUCUGAAGCAUAACCGAACGUAUAAAAAACAAAAUGUUUGGGAAAGCCUAAAGAUGACAUCUUAGUGGAAAGAUCAUCAUCUCUAAUCCUUUGAGUCAUUGCCAAUUACUGACUAAACACUGUCGAAGUUCUGUUUUGACUUCUUGACAUUCCACUCGGGCAGAUGAUCACCGAGGAAUGUUGAUCUAAAUAUUAACCCUCAAAAGGUAAAGGGAGGGCCAAAAUGAAUCUUCCAUUUGGAGAGAAGACAACAAAGACUUGGAACCGCUGCCUGGCCUUUUGGAAUUCCGUCGGACAGGUUGGACCAAAGA